AUGGAGCGGCACCGCCAAGGAUCGCAGCGCCAAGAAGAAGGCGGUUUCGGCGGGCACGAGGACGACAGGCUGCUGUCAGCGUUCGUCUGCCCGAUCACCAUGCAGGUGAUGCGGGACCCGGUGGUGAUCGAGACCGGGCACGCCUACGAGCGGGACGCCAUCGCCCGGUGGUUCUCCGAGUGCCGCGACCUCAGCAGGGCGCCGUGCUGCCCGAUCACGAUGCAGGAGGUGCGCAGGGCGGACCUGCGGCCGGUCCUGGCGCUGCGGGUCGCCAUCGAGGAGUGGGCGGACAGGCUGCAGAGCGACGAGCUCCGCAGGGCCUGCCAGUGGCUCACGAAGGACGCCACGGAGAAAGAGGCGGUGCGGGCGCUAGGCUGCGCCGUGCGGGGGUGGAGCGGAGGGAGGGCGGGCAGGCGUGUCGUGCGCGGCGAGGGGAUGAUACAGAUGGUCGGUAGCAUGCUGAGGAGCGGCAGCUCCGUGGUGCGUCUCAAAGCGCUGGAAGCUAUUCAAGAGUUUGCCAAAGAAACUGAUCAAGACAGGGAAGCUGUGUCAGAAGGGGACACCAUUCGCACAAUCGUCAAGUUCAUCGAUUGUGAAGAUUGUCAGGAGAGGGAACUGGCAGUCUCUGCACUGUGCGACCUUUCAAAGUCUGAAGUAGUAUGUGGAAAGAUAAGCGAAUUGAAUGGAGCGGUACUUAUUUUGGGCAAGGUGGCAGGAAGCAAAUCCGACAAUCCAACAGUUGCUGAGAAGGCUGAAAAGACACUCCAGAAUUUGGACAGAUGUGAGAAAAAUGCCGUGCAGAUGGCCGAAAAUGGCAGACUGGAACCUCUACUUAACCUGCUUAUUGAAGGUUCUCCAGAACAGCAGCUGCUGAUGGCAUCAUCUCUUGAAAAGAUUGUUUUGUCUAAUGACCUGAAGACCUUAGUAGCCCAAAGAGUGGGUUCCUUGUUUGCUGAUGUUGUUGAAAAGGGCAGCUUGGAAGCAAAAGAAGUUGCUUUCAAGGUAUUAGAGCAUAUAUCCACCAAUGCAGAGAGUGCUAAGGUUCUUAUAGAGGAAAAUGUCCUUCUCCCUCUUUUCCGAGUUCUCUCCAUCAAUCGCGCCAAUCUCCUUCCACCAAGGUUGCAAGAGGCUGCAGCCGCAGUUCUAGCUAAUCUGGUUGCAUCUGGUAUUGACUUUGGGACAGUACCACUUGACGGUAAUCGUACUCUGGUGUCUGAGGACAUUGUCCACAGUCUACUUCAUUUGAUCAGUAACACUUCACCUCCAACACAGUGCAAGCUUCUUGAAUUUUUUGAUACACUGAGCAGCUCCUCAAGAACAGUACUAUCCAUUGUCUCAGCUAUAAAAUCUUCUGGUGCUAUCACCAACUUGGUGCAAUUUGUUGAGAGUGAUCAUCAGGAAAGCCGUCUUGCAUCCUUAAAGCUGAUAUACAAAGUUUCACCCCACAUGGAUCGCGAGAUAGCUCAAGUCUUCCGAGCAAGCCCAACUCUGCUUGGCUGCUUAGUUGAAGUUGCAUUCCUAAAUGAUGGAAACACAGAUGAGCAACACGCUGCACUUCAGAUUCUGGCAAACCUUCCUAAAAGGGACAAGAACCUCACCAGAGAGCUAAUGGAGCAAGGUGCUUUCAAGAUAGUUGCUCGUAAGGUGUUAAGCAUUUGUCGGAGGGAGGCUGGAAGUGACAUUUAUGAUAACAUACUGGUUGAGGGCCUUGUUAAAGUCCUGGCAAGAAUAACAUAUGUUUUGCGGGACGAACCCCGAUGCAUUUCCCUUGCUCGUGAGUAUAACCUUGCUGCCUUGUUCACCAGCUUGCUUCGGUUUAAUGGUCUGGAGGAGGUACAAUUGGUCUCUGCAAAGGCAUUAAUGAAUCUCUCGUUAGAAUCCAAAUAUCUGACUAGCACACUGAAAUUUGAUGAACCUGAACAGAAGUCUAAGCUUGCAUUGUUUGGGAGGAAACCACCAAGUUUUCAGUUUUGUCGUGUUCAUUCUGGAGUUUGUUCAAUUAGGGACAGCUUCUGUAUCCUAGAAGGCAAAACUGUGGAGCGGCUGGUUCAUUGUUUAAAUCAUGGUAACAAGAAAGUAGUUGAAGCUGCUUUGGCAGCUCUUUGCACCCUACUCGAGGAUGAAGUGGAGAUUGCGGAAGGUGUUUUGGUGCUCCAUAGGGCUAAUGGAAUUGCACCUAUAUUUGACAUCUUGAAGGAGAAUCCGACAGGCAGUCUUCAGCACUGGGUGACAUGGGCUGUGGAGAGGAUACUGCGUGCAGAGGAGAUUGCUAAAGAUGCUUCAACUGACCGCAGUUUAGGAUCGGCACUUGUUCAUGCUUUCCAACAUGGAGAUUCCAGAACACUGCGUAUUGCAGAGGCAGCAUUGAAGCAUAUUGAAAAGCUGCCAAUUUUUUCCCAAAUAAUUGAUAAGCGUCCAUCGAUACGAGGUUCAUCCAUGGGAAGCAUGGAACGCUUUUACAAGUUUGACCGCUAGGUUGGUAUGAAACAUAAAAGAAUUACACGGCCAGUUUAUGACUUACGGACAACAUUUCACUUAUUAUUUGUUAACAGUAGGAAUCACAAUUUAUUAAAGGAAAAAAGUAGGGAGUCAUAGGCAGGCAGUUAAGCACUGAUAAUCAGCUACUCAUGAUAAUGUGUAAAUCGCUUUCUUUGUAAAUGUAGUUUUGACAAGCAGUGUAUCUAGUGAAGGCUGGUCAUAUGUUUAAUUUCUCAAAAUA